AUGACGACUAGAAUAAAAAAAUUUCCUUUCUUGAUUCUAAUUGGUCAGCUACUUCUGCUACUGCCACGUCACCGGAACUCGGCUUAUGCCGCCGGCGGUGGUAGGUGGGACCUACUCAUGUCCAACAUCGGCAUUUCCUCCAUGCACAUGCAACUCCUCAACAACGAUAGAGUCGUCAUGUACGAUCGUACUGACUUUGGCGCAUCCAACAUCUCCUUACCUAACGGCAAAUGUCGUAACAACACUAAUGACCUCACAUUGAAAGUCGAUUGCACUGCUCACUCUGUUGAGUACGACGUGUCCACCAACUCGGUACGUCCCCUCAUGGUACAAACCGACGUGUGGUGCUCCUCCGGCUCCGCCACCUCAGACGGUACUUUGGUUCAGACCGGUGGAUUCAACGACGGUGAAAAUGUUGUAAGAGUUUUAAAACCGUGUAAUGGAAAUAAAAGUACGUGUGAUUGGAAAGAAAUAGAAGGUGCGUUAAUACAAAGUCGAUGGUACGCGACCAAUCAUGUGUUGCCAGAUGGCAGACAAAUUAUAAUAGGAGGCCGUGAGGCUUUUAACUAUGAGUUUUAUCCUAAAACUCUUUCGACAAAUAAUAUAUUCAAUCUUACAUUUCUUCAACAGACUAAUGAUCUUAGAGAGGAAAACAAUCUUUACCCUUUUGUUUUUCUUAAUGUCGAUGGAAAUUUAUUCAUUUUCGCGAAUAAUCGAGCUAUACUAUUCGAUUAUACGAGGGAUAUAAUAGUGAAAACGUAUCCGCAAAUACCAGGUGGUGACCCGAGAAAUUAUCCAAGUACGGGUUCUGCGGUUCUUCUUCCUUUAAAGAAUUUGGAGGCACAAAUAAUUCAAGCUGAAGUUUUGGUAUGUGGUGGAACAAAAAAUGGUUCAUUCCUUAGGGCACAAAGAGGUAAUUUUUUGGGUGCGUUAAAUACUUGUGGGCGGAUUACAAUUACCGACCCGAAUCCACAAUGGAUUAUGGAGACAAUGCCACUAGCUCGAAUAAUGGGUGAUAUGGUAAUUUUACCCAAUGGAAAUGUCUUGAUCAUUAACGGAGCGACGGCCGGUACUGCUGGAUGGGAACUUGGUCGGAAUCCCGUUUUGAGUCCGGUGAUUUAUCGUCCUGAUAAUCCAGUUAAUUCAAGAUUUGAUGUACAAAAUUCGAGUACUAUACCAAGAAUGUACCAUUCAACAACAGUUUUACUUCGAGAUGGUAGAGUUCUAGUUAGUGGUAGUAAUCCACAUGGGCUUUACAACUUCACAGGAGUUCUAUACCCGACAGAGUUAAGUUUGGAGGCAUUUUCACCAUCGUAUUUGGAUUCAGAAUCUGUAAAUUUGCGGCCACGGGUCGUUUCACCUUCUUCGAGACGAAAAGUCAAGUAUGGUGGUCAGGUGAAUAUUCGAUUUAUCAUACCUGGCCCGAUAAAUAGAAAUUUGGUCAAGGUGACAAUGGUUGCACCAGGAUUUAACACACAUUCAUUUACUAUGAAUCAAAGAAUACUUGAGCUUUCAAGUGGAAACGUAACACAAGUUGGAACAUCAACUUUUAAAAUCAAUUCAAUUUUUCCAAAUUCGAGUAAAUUAGCACCACCUGGUUACUAUAUGUUAUUUGUGGUUCAUCAAGAUAUACCAAGUGAAGGAAUUUGGAUAAGGAUUUAG